UUUAGGAGGAACCAGAGUGCCAGGAGGAAACCCACACAUGCAUCGGGAGGCCAUAGCCCAGGAUUGAACCUUUGAUCUCAAAACCUUUAGAUGCCAGUCCAACCAGUCAACUAACCCGUAACCCUAUCAACAUACUCAAAUUUUUAAAACAUUUUUAAGUGUAAAGAAAUGUGCUUUGUUUAAUUAAGAGUGUGCACGCAGCCCUAACUCCCUCUGAACAGUUAAAAGCUGUGUUGGUCGUCAUUGCGCUUCUCCUCCCACUCAUCCAAACCAUAUAAACACUUCUCAAAAGUAGGAACACGACCCAACUGGCUUCCCCUCAAACAGCAGCGGAUAUGGCAGACACGGAGAGCCGAAGCUCGACUUUCCCUGACAUCGUGGAGCUCAACGUGGGUGGUCAGGUAUAUGUGACCCGACUCGACACGCUCACGGCGGUGCCCGACUCCCUGCUGUGGGCCAAGUUCACUCAAAGUUCCCCGGAGGAGCUUCCCAAAGACGGCAAGGGUCGUUUUUUCUUCGACCGAGACGGCUUUCUGUUCCGCUAUGUUUUGGACUACUUGCGCGACUCGGAGCUUUUUCUGCCCGAGUUCUUCAAGGAGAGGAGGAGGUUGCAGAAGGAGGCAGACUUCUUCCAGCUACCGGAGCUGUCGCGGCGCCUGGCGGUCCCCAGCGGGCACAGUUCCCCCACGGAGGAAGGCGGGGAGUCGGAAGAGGCUGAGCUCGCUAGCCCUACCACCACCACCUCCUCGUCGUCCGAUAGAACCCCGCGCUCGCCCGGCACAGGCGCGGGCUACAUCACGGUGGGCUACAGGGGCAGCUACACCAUCGGUAGGGACAUCCAAGCGGAUGCCAAAUUCCGCAGAGUGGCCAGGAUAACAGUGUGCAGCAAGAUUUGCCUAGCCAAAGAAGUCUUUGGGGACACUCUGAACGAGAGCCGCGACCCAGAUCGACCCCCGGACAAGUACACGUCCAGGUACUACCUCAAGUACAACUUCCUGGAGCAGGCGUUCGACCGGCUGGCCGAGGCCGGUUUCCACAUGGUGGCCUGCAACUCUACGGGGACCUGCUCGUACGCCAGCAGUGACCCGGGGGAGGACAAAGUGUGGACCAGCUACACAGAGUACGUUUUCAGUCGGUGAACAAACUUUAAUGAUGGUUUAAUGACCCUCUUGUGGCAGAUUGUGUCAUUCAUCGAUUUUGUAUAUCAGGUGUUCUGUUGGCACAGUUUUAUCAAAAAUGUUUCCUCCACCCCUUAUGUUGGUAGAAUUAGUUGUUAACUCAUUUGCUACCAUUGACGGCAAUAGACGUCCAAUUAACUCAACCUGUAUUGGCAGUGUUUGCAACAGACUCGUGAAAUAAAUGGUUUCAAAUGACCUUUAUGUUAUUAGUCGUGACUCCUACACAUCUGUACGUGAUGAUGUUAUUUGUGAUCAUUACUUCUCACGAUAAAUUACCCAGACAGCAGACUGACGUUGAAAAGAUGUUGGAUCAACAUUACGCUGUCGAUCUUAUAUUGUUGAAUCAACGUCACUUUUGCACCCUCAAUUAAUGUUGUUUCAACAUUGAAAUCCUUACAAAACCUAAACGUCAUUUUGAUUACUAAUAAAUUGGAAAAAUGUUAUGUUUUCGACCAAAACGCCCGCUCAUCCAUAAUUCAAUGACUUUUCAAUCAUAUUUCCCGGUCAAUAAAAAUAAACUAUUUGUCAACAUUAGUUCAUCAACUAUAAAACAAUGUUAACCCAACCAUCGCCUGACAUAUCAUAGAACAACGUUGUUUCAACGUCACUUGACGUCGAAAAUUUCUAUUUCAAUCAUACUGAUGAUUUUGAUGGAAAAUCAACGUUUAUUCUAUGUCGGUCUGCUAUCUGGGUAACCAAGAUUUUCAGUUUAAUAAUAUGUCGAAUUUAUGAAGUUCUGCAAGCAAGUUGCCGUUUGGUAUAAUUUCUAUUUGUGAGAAUAAUGUCCCAUCACUGGUAACUAUUUUGUAGAACAGCUCCAUGGGCUACACGUAUGACCAGAUGCCUGCAACCACCAUGUUGGUGACACCUGCUAUAUGCAGUAAUGGACCAAAGGUCCAAGACUUCCACUCAGAAUGGAUGAGUUUGCUUCACUGAUUAAUAAAAUGAAAGAUAAAGGCCACAGCAUCCAUAAUCUGUGUAUAUUUAACUGUAUGAAAUAAAAUGUGAGAAAGCAAUACGUACCACACCCAUGUUCAUUGUCAUGAUUUGACAACCAGCAUCUAAAUCUAUAUAUUUCAAGAAACCAGCA